ACAGUGAGGUUAGGUUAUGGUUAGAUAAGUUUUUACAUAACACCUCGAUUCGAAAGGUCGUUUAUUGCUCUCUCUGAGGCCCCAUAUAAAAAAAAAAUUAAAAAUGUUCCGUAGUGCUCUAGUACGGGCUCAAGCCAACCUAAAACCGGCCCUAACAGCUCAAACAACCAGAACCAUUGCUACAACAACCCAAUUAUCCUCCAAGCACUCAACAGAAUCCGAUGAACAAUUCGACCAAAGGUACGAAAACUAUUUCAACCAAAAAAACAUCGACGGAUGGGAUAUCCGUAGAGGAGUCACCGACUUGUGGGGCCACGAUUUAGUGCCUGAACCUAAAAUUUUGGCCGCAGCACUCAAGGCAUGCCGUAGAGUCAACGACUAUGCUAUGGCUGUAAGGAUUCUUGAAGCUGUCAAAGACAAAUGUGGUAGAAGGGAAAAAGAAAUUUAUCCAUGGGUUAUCCAGGAAUUGAGACCCACAUUGACCGAGCUGGGAAUCAGUACUCCGGAGGAAAUGGGCUAUGACAAACCCGAGUUGCACACUCCAUCUGUGUAUGAUAUGUAAAAAAAAGCAUUGUAGAGUUUAAUUUAUUUUAUUUUAUUUAUUGUACCCAAAGAAUUCUCAAAUUGGUAACAGAAAAUGUUUUUGUUGUAUAGUAGUUGUGAAAAAAUAUUAAUAAAGCCUUUGAAACAAAACCUGCUUUCGAU